CAGCCCAGAAUCGACCACCAGCGGAUUCAACAGCGUUGUAUCGGAGUUACCCGCCACAACCCGAUCUACCCCGGCCUUACCACAUGCUGCCCAGCGCUGCAGCCAAAGCACAGAAGGAAAAAAUGGCUGGCAGCGAGUCAGCCGCGGGCAGCCAGGCAACUGGGGAGGGGGUGCAAGCAAACAACUCCUCCGGGUCAUCCGUGGAGUUAUCUGACGACGCACCUCUAGUUCCCCGGUGGCGCCGGGAGAUGCGGAAACGCAAAGCCAGCACCGUUGACCUCGCCGGCCCCCAGCGCCAGAGGGUAGCCAAAACGCCCCUCACCGGAAAUGACGCACCAGAGGCCAGACCCACGGAAGCUGAUGGGGUGGAACCGGCACCAUCUCGUGCCGAGGAUGUAACGAUUGCCGUGGCGGGCCCUGCAUCAGGGCAACUCGCGCCCUCGACUGAAGCAGCCCUGCCACCAUCAGUGGGUGCCGCGGCCAUCGCCACGCCAGCGCUGCCAGCCUCAUCGACUUGCACGCCUGCACCUCUGGCCACGAGUACAGUAGUGAAGAAACCCUUGAAGCUGGUGUGGAAAAAACCAACGAUGAUCCGAUCCCGAGUGUCAACCGCUGCGGUGGCGCCAGAACUCGAGUUGGCUCCACCAGCCCCCGAGCUUUCGCCCGGGCAAGCCAAUGUGCUGGAGCCAGCAGGGAGGGCAGAUGUAAUCGUGCUUGACUCGCCACUGCCCGAGCUCCAGCACGCGGAACUCGAAGCCUCUAGCAAUGAGCAAGUCGAGGCCGCCACUGCCGUACCCGUUGAUGUUGCAGAGACCCCACAGCCGUCAGCCUUGGAGGGUGCGGGUGCUGCUAGCGAAACAACCAGGUUGCCAACCCCUGGGGGAGAGAACGCUGAUACACUCCAAGAGAUGCACCUCCCAGGGGAUGAUCUGAGCCGCCUGCGCCAAAUGUUCAAGGCGAUCGACUCGUUUGCUCUGGACAUGAACCAAAGAACUUCAAUGAAGCUGGAAGAGACAGAUGAUCCCACCCUAGGUCGGAUGAUCCGGGAGCCGGAUCAUCAGCCCACCAUCGGGCCAUCCGGCCCUGCUCGGGGAUGA